AUGUAUGGUGGAUAUUGGAACGCGAUUGCUACGCUGGAGGAAACACCAAUUCCUAUCGUUCACCUGCCAAUCACGGAUGCCCAGCCACACGAAGUCAUGGUAGCAGAGAUUCAACGCUUCCAAGCAACGGUCAUAGUUGGGCCCUUGUUCACUCUGACACGCCUGGCAGAUUACCUCGCUGGAAGGGGCUUGGUCUUGGAAAAUAUUCGACAGCUUGUGUUUACUGGCGAAACCCUCUUUGAAGGUAUACGCGCUCGCUGGAAAAUCGCCUAUCCCAAUGCGCAUGCGUGUGCGCCAUCAUAUGCAAGCGUUGAUGCGGGCCAGGUUGGGGUCCUCGUUUACUCACCGUCGGCCGAAGAGGAUGCUCUACGCCCAGUAUACAAGGUUGGGUAUCCCGCAGUCAUUCUUGAAAUCCUGGCAGACGAUGGAACUGCUAUCAAGGAGGCCGGGGUUCGGAGCAAUGUGGUUGCCAUGCAACAAAUCAGACGUCUUCAGCCAAUCAUCCGCUAUCCUGUUGGGGGUGUUGCGGAAUGGGUUGACUACGAUGCUCAGACGCUGAAGUACUGUGGAAGAGCCUCUAUUGCUGUUAAAAUCGCAACAACGUUUCUUGAUUUGCCAUUGAUGAAAACGACCGUUGCAGGGAAAUCAAGGAGAGCGUCACGGGGCGGUUUCAAUGCAUUGGUUCGCUGCGAGAAUGCUCGGUAUGUGCUGGCUUUUCGACUUGCAAUCACAAAGCCAGAAAAUGCGGAUCAACUCCGUGACAAUAUUGAUAAAGCCCUUGGGGAAGCGUCGCCAAAAUGGAAGAGAGACCAGGAAGGGGGAGCAAUUGCUCCAUUGCGUCUGGAGUGGGUUAAUAUUGGCGAAUUGAUAUAUCAUGAAAAGAGUGGAAAGCUCAAGGAAAUCGUCGAGGAAAGAUAUUGA